AUGAAAAAAAUAUACAGGGGAACGAAAACGGACGAGAUAUUUCAGGCGCAGAAAAAUAAAUACAAUCAUCUGAUAAACAAAAACCACAUUUACAACAACAUUUAUUUGAACUUGGAGGUGUAUGAAAAAUGGAGAAAUCCUAACACGGAUAAAGAUGAGCACAGUCACUGGAAUGAGAGGUCCCUGAGUCUGGUCCUGAACGCGGACUCGAAUGUGAUGGACAAGGAGGUGAAGCACCUUCUGAGGAGAGGCGUGUCGGACUCGCUGAAACACCUGAUAUGGGUGCGGUCCAACGACGUAAACUACUUUGUUAUAAACUUCCCUCACUUUUACGAAACCACUAUAUACAACACGUUUGGAGAUAAAAUCCCGUCCAUUCUGUUCAACGAUUGCCCAACAUUCUGUGGAGGAAUCCUGGGGCUGCAGGAAGACAUUAUGUGUGUGCAGACUAAAAUAGAAGAAUUAGAAAUUGAAAAUAAUGAAGACUAUGAUAAUUUUAACAUUAAUGAUUCUACCAGUAACAUUUUACAACUUUUAUUUAAUCUUCCAAAUGAAAACGAAAAAAAAAAAGAUCAGUAUUUAUUGCCUGAACAUAAUUUUUGGAUAGAACCCAAAACAUUGAGUACCCCAAAUUUUGGGUUCACAAAUAAAAAAAAAAAAAAAAAAUUUUUUUAUAUUGAAAAUGUGAAAAAUAAAUUAUUAAAGAAUAAGAAAAUCGAUAACUACCUUAGGGUUGCAUCUGAUUCGGUCCUGCCCUAUACGAGCAAUUUCAUUUUUAAAAAUUUGUCAAGUCGGUUUUAUAAGAGUAAGGGGGAGAAGACGACUCCAGAAAAAGACGACACGGAAAAGGGAGAAUGUAACGCUAUUAGUGAUAAUUUGAAAAAGGGCGGCUUCGUUAAGUUGGGCAGUGGUGGCGGUGUGCAUGUACACACUGGCCAUGUAGGUGCGAUGAAGAAGCCGACGGAGGGGAAGCAAAACGUAAAGGAAGGAGGAGGGAAAAAUGUCGAAUGCUUAGCUACCAAUGGAGACAGAAUCCAUAACGAGUCCAGUUAUAAAGUGUCCAACUGUAGUGAAUGUGAAAAAAAUAUCCUCAUCAAAGACGAUAUAAUUAUUUUCCACAAUGCACCAGAUGAUACGAGUAAUGGACUAGAUGAUACGAAUGAUGGGCCGGAUGUCGACACAGGAGGACAAGAGUACUACGAGCAGGGCGAGGCAGAGGACUACCUGAACGGAAGAAGGAACUGUGAGAAGAUUCCGGGGCGUCACUCCUGUCGAGUUAGUGCUACAGACGGUUGUGGUCACCGUGGUGGUGUUAGCGACAAGGCACAGGACCAUUUGGGGUCCACGAACAAGGAGUUGCGUGAGUCGAACAAGUACCUAGACAUCCAGUGCUACAUGACGGAGCAAUACAUUAUAAGUAAAAAGCAGGCGGAAAAAAUGAAUAAAGCAAAAUUAUACUUACGAACAACCAGAAAGAAAAAAGCAGACAAGGAAGGAAGUCACCUUAAUGCCAAAGACAAGGCGCAGCACGACGCAAAUUUGAACCACACGGGGGGUCACAACUCGGAUGAUUCGUUUGUAAAUGGCGCACAUGGUGCAAGUGGUGCGAGUGGUGUAAGUGGAGACGGGGAUGAGAAGGCUUGUGGAAUAGCGGCUGGAGAAAGUAGCCCCAUGUAUCGUUUAAAAAAAUAUGCCAGUUAUAACGGCACAAGAAAUUUUUUAAAAAAAGCUUUUAGUGUGAACAGGGCGAAUCAAAAAACUGAAAGGAAGCUGUCUGACCACAUUUCUUCUUUGCUUAAGAAAAGCCUGAGCAAGGACAAGGAAAAGAAAAGCUUAAUUCCGCACUGGAAUAAAGUGAGCGUGGAGGAUAGUGGCUCCUCCAUUAAGACCAGCACGAAGAAGAAGAAAAAGAAAGAUUUGCCACGGGAUGAGCUCCGCAUGGGCGGGUGGUCAUCUUCCAAAAAGGACGCACAUAAUGGUGAGCGGCAUGACGGGCAGAGUGAUAAGAUGCAAUCAAAUUACGCACCCGUGGAGGAGCGCGCAGAGAGUCCCAACAGCGGAAGCGGGGAGUCCGCACGGACCUACCUUCAAGCAGAAAGUACCUCCUCCGAUGGUGGGCUGAUGCAAGGGAAAAGGGAGGACCACGUUUACGACCCCCGGUUGAGGCAGCGGCAAGGGAACGAUGGAGAAGAAGAGGGGGACGACGGCGAAUCCAUUGUGAAAUUGAGCGAGUUUAAUAACGAAGAUGUGCAGAAUAAGAGAACCGACUCAUUCCAUGCGCACGGAAAAUAUGUCACCCAUCAUGGGGUCGACUCUGAGAGGAACAACGACGAUGGAGAGAAGAGGUCCCUGUUUGGAAAAUUGAAAAAUAUUUUUUAUAAAAAAAAAAAAUCCAAAGAUUCAGAGGGGGGGGACAUGAUCAAAUUUGCGAAUGUGUGUAGGAGCGAGGAAUACCAGCGUAGCCAAGGUGCAAGGAAAAGGAACACGUUCGAUGCAGGCAAUGUAUACGGUGACGGCACGGAGCAGGAGGAUGAGUAUAGGACGAGAGAAGAGAAAGGGCAUACCAGUAAUGGAGAUCAUGAGGGGGCUAGUUUUUCCUCCAACAGGAACAACACGGGGAUGGUGACCCAUUAUAACACUUUUACUUCUGUUAGGGGGUAUGGGGUGUCGGAGAGGAGCGGUCGGCACGACAAGAGUAAUUCCCCUGGACGCAACGAAACGGUGGGUACAAGUAGGAAGAAAAAUUACCAAAUUAUUAUCAGCAAACAUGAAAAGAAGGAUCAUCAGGAGAGGCAUGCUGGGGGGGUAGGAAAGAAGGAAGACAAUAAUAAGAAAAGCUUCUUCUCUAGAAUUGCAAAAAUGAGUCCUCCGUUUGGUUUGUCUUUUGAAAGAGCGACGAAAUUUGGAGGAGGAACCCCACAGGCAGAAAUGGGGACAGUGACGGAUGAGGCGGAUGUGGACGACUUGGAAAAUUUCCAUCUCCCAGCGAGCCACCCGCUCAACGAGGAAAAGAGCCAAGGGAGUGACAGCGGCCAAAGCGACGUGAGUGCCAGCGAUAGGGGCGAUAGCGACAGGGGAGACAGCGAACGGAGUGAAGGCAACGCGAGUGCUGGUGAACAAAAGAAGAGGCAGAAAAAGAUCAACUUCAAGUAUGAAUCCGUGGACAAGGCCGACGCGGCGAAUGGAGACCCCAGAAAGGGGUCAGUUUAUAAGGAGAAGAAUGUGGGUAAGACGGAAAUGAAAGGACAGCCUAGCGGGAAGGACGCCUCGCGGGAGAAGCAAAUGCACGACAGGGAGACGAACAAAAUGGAAAAGAAGUACGCUUCCGUGGAGUAUGACAGUAAGGACAAUCCCAAAUUGGAGAAAGAGCUGUACAGCAAGUUUUAUGAAAAUGGGGGUGCCAGCGGUGCGAACGCCGCUAAUGCUGGAAAUAAUAACCUUGGGGGAAGUCGUGUCCGCGGCGCCGGGGGAGGGGCGUACCCGCCCAACGUGUACAAUUUAGACGACGCUACGGAGCUGACGGCUCUGCUGAACGACAACGGAAAGCACGAAAUUAAGAAGCUUCUAUGGGCUAUAAAUAACAAUUUUGGAAAUGACAUCGAGUUCGCACCCAUCAUCCCAAAUCUGUGCAUUAUACUUCUUAUCUACUUCAAGGCGUCCGUCGUGUAUUGCAUUAUGCAUUGUUUAAUUAAAAAAGGAAUUGACACUAUUAAGAACAAGGAGUUGCCAUUCUUUAUAUAUAAAAGAAAGGAUUUUGUAAAGUACGUAAAAUAUAUUUUAAAUUCCUUUAUUCAAUUUUUGCCCAAGUGUUACCAUUAUUUGAGGAAGUUGAAUUUUGAUUUAGCAGCAUGGACAGCAAGGUGCAUCCAGGAUGGUUUUUCACGUAUGCUUCCAUUCGAUUUUGUACUGAGGAUUUACGGUAUAUAUAUAUUUGAAGGACAGAAGACCUUAUGUCUUUACUGUCUAGCCUUGUUAAAAUUUUUUGAAACUGAUUUAUUAAAAUGUACAAAUAUUGAACAAGUGGAAAAUAUACUAUACCACAUUUGUAUGCAUCCCUACUUAACAAUUAAUGAAUUGACACAAAUUGCGUAUCGGUUUAAAUUAAAGAGCAAAGAGAAGCAACUGAAGUUUUCCACGAAAUGUCCUUCGCCCUACCUGAUGAAUGUUAAAAUGAAAACUUUUUAUAGACCCAGAUUGAACGAUAAUUCUAGGUUAAUAAAUUCUUUACAUUGGCAAAAUAUAUGGGAGAGGAUUCCGAGCAAUUUGAGGUCGUUAGAUCCUUGUUUAACUUAUUGUUCGAAGAAGGAUGGGUACAGCUUCCAUGUGUUGGUGGAAAGAACAGAAAAGAAUAAAAGGAAACCCAUGAUACUUAUUUUAAAAACAUUCGAUUAUGAUUUGAUGGGUUUUUUUUGUCCCUUUUCCCUCACCAGAGACCUCAAUUUUGUUAACUGUUCCGACAAGAGUUCUGCUUUUCUCUGUACCUUUAACACACAUUUUAAAUUUUAUAAGUGGUCAGGCAAAAAUAACACUCUCGUACUUAUACGCGAUGGAAUUUACAUUGGCGGAAACGACAUUGCUUUGUUUAUUGACAAGGACUUCAAGGUUGGAAAGACCCACUCAUCUGAGUCCUUCUUCUCCCCGCCCCUCAUCUCCGCCGGUCGAGACUUCCACAUCAUGGACAUCGAGGUGUGGAACCUCAAGUAG